CGCCGAGAGCCGAGCGAGAUGGGGUUCGUCGGCGACCAGGUGGAGUCGAUCCGCUCGAUACAGGUCCGCCAGGCGCUCACGCAGAUCAUCAGCCUCGGUAUGAUCGUGACAUCGGCAUUGAUCAUAUGGAAGGGAUUGAUGGUCGCAACUGGGAGCGAGUCCCCAGUGGUCGUUGUUCUUUCUGGUAGCAUGGAGCCUGGAUUUAAAAGGGGUGAUAUCCUGUUUUUGCGCAUGAGCAAACAGCCCAUCCGAACUGGGGAAAUUGUUGUUUUUAAUGUUGAUGGCCGUGAAAUUCCGAUUGUUCACCGUGUGAUUAAGGUUCAUGAACGCCAGGAAAGUGGAGAAGUUGAUAUCCUCACGAAAGGCGAUAACAAUUUUGGCGAUGACCGGCUCUUGUAUGCGCAUGGUCAGAAUUGGCUUCAGCAGCAUCACAUUAUGGGACGGGCUGUAGGCUUUCUUCCAUAUGUCGGGUGGGUUACGAUUGUGAUGACUGAGCAGCCGAUAAUCAAGUAUCUUCUGAUCGGCGCGCUGGGGCUGCUGGUGAUAACAUCGAAAGACUGAAGAUGACUUUGCCACAUACUCCUAGUUUGGUCUUGCAGUGCAAACGUAACCGAGGACAAAAGAUAUGAGUGGGGAUAAUUUCCGAUAGUUCUGCAGACUGCAGCUAGUACUUCUUAUGAAACAAUGCAUUGAUGUUCCAUCACUCAGAACUACAUUCCCUGAUUACUUCUACAACACAGCAAGCCUUUAUCUUGUUCAUCUCAGCUACGACAUCUCUCAUGGACAGCCUCUCAGUUGGUCUUUUCCUGCUGCAUGCUAGUGCAAGUCUUGUGACAGAGUACAUGUAACUAUUGAUAUCUCUCCGUGUCUUCUCAACUGAUAGCAGAAAGGGGUCAAUAAUCUCCAUCAGUUGUGCUGGAUAUGCUGACUUUA